CAAUCUGGCGAGAUACUGGGGUGCGAGAUGGUGCUUAAAUACACGGUGAACUGAUUACUAAUGAAGUGCAGGUGUGGAUAAUGACCGGUGGAAACGGGGACAGCUGUGACGUACGGUAAACAGGAAGUGAAGCUAGAACAGAAACAGAAACUGGGAGUACUACCAAAAUAAAACAGGAAAUGGAAACUGGAGCCAAAACAUGAUGACAUGGCUGACAAACUAAGUCCUCACAAAAUAAAAGCAAAACUAGAACCGGGUCGUGACACAAAGUAACAGCAGCCACUAGAUCUGUAAUAGUGGGUUCACUAGGUUUAUUUAUUUCCAGUGCAGAAACUCUGCAUUCAAUCACUGAGAUCUUUGCAUUUGGUUUAGAUUUUAACACUUCUGUUGAACGUGAGACUUGAAUGAUGACUAAUGAUGCUUAAUCUUCAGUGCUUAUUAUGCUGUUUUUUUGUCCAGGUUGUCACAAUGGCAGCACAAGACCUUCUGAUGGUGCUGGAUGAAUUGGUACAAAAUGAAUUUGAGAGGUUCAAAUUCUAUCUAAAUAAAAUUGAGAGUCUGGAAGGCCACCAGGCCAUCCCAAGAGGGUCACUGGACCAAGCAAGUAAAGAACACAUAGUGGAUCUAAUACUACAGACCUACACAGAUAAUGCUGUGAAUGUGACCAUCAUCAUUCUAAAGAAGAUAAACAGGGAGGAUCUGAUACAACGACUGUCAGAAGAUGUGGAGUAUGCUGAGGACGGUGGACCUUCCUCCUUCUCCUCUCAGAAUGAAGAUGUGAUGGUUCCAGUACCAGAGCCACAGCCCAUCACAUAUUACCAGCAGACGCUUCAAUCAAACCUCCAAGACAAGUUUCGUUGUAUAAAAGAAGGCUGGUCAGAUUACAAACAACGUCUGGAUGACGUCUACACAGAGCUGUACAUUACAGCUGGGCUGGACUCACACAUCAACACACAACAUGAGGUCCGACAGGUUGAGACCAAACAGCAGAAGCAAAGAUCAGAAGAGGAGCCAGUGAAGCCCAGUGACCUGUUCAAACAUCCCUCUGGUAAAUACAGACGCAUCAGAACAGUGUUGACCAAUGGAAUCGCUGGGAUUGGAAAAACAGUCCUUGUGAACAAGUUUGUGUUGGACUGGACUGAAAAAAAAUCAAAUCAAGAUGUGCAUCUAAUUUUCCCCUUCACCUUCCGUCAGCUGAAUUUGCUGAAGGGACAGAAAUUUAGUUUGUCAGAUCUCAUUCAUAAAUGUAACCCAGAAACUGUGUUUGUCAGCCUAAAGGCUCUAAAUUACAUCUUUACACAUCUACAGUCAUCAGGAAACAGCAACUAUGACAAGAGUAGGUUUAAACUUCUGUUUGUGUUUGAUGGACUGGACGAGAGUCGCCUCCAACUGGACUGUACCACCAGUGAGGAGGAGACGGGUCAACGUGACGUCACAGAGUCCACCUCUGUGGAUGAGCUGCUGACAAACCUCAUCAGAGGAAAACUACUAAGCUCUGCUCGCAUCUGGAUCACCACACGACCUGCAGCAGCCAAUCAGAUUCAUAGAGACUUUGUUGACGUGGUGACGGAGGUCAGAGGGUUCACUGACCCACAGAAGGAGGAGUUCUUCAGGAAGAGAUUCACAGAUGAGGAGCAGAGCAACAGAAUCAUGUCCCACAUCAAGACGGCACGAAGCCUCCACAUCAUGUGCCACAUCCCAGUCUUCUGCUGGAUCACUGCUACGGUUCUGGAGGAUCUGCUGGAAACCAGAGAGGGAGGAGAGCUGCCCAAGACCCUGACGGAGAUGUACGCAGAGUACUUGGGUUUUCAGAUGGAUCGGACUAAAGACAAGUACAGACCAAAAAAGAGCAACAACUACAUCAAGUCAUUAGCUAAACUGGCUUUUAAGCAGCUGCUAAAGGGAAACUUGAUCUUCUAUGAGGAAGAUCUGAAAGAGAGCGGCAUCAAUGUCAGUGGAGCCUCAGUGUGUUCAGGAGUGUUCACAGAGAUCUUUAAACAGGAGCGAGGGAGGAAAAACAAGGACAAGAUGUUCAGCUUUGUUCAUCUGAGCGUUCAGGAGUUUCUAGCAGCUGUUCACAUGAUGCUCUGUUACACCAACGGGAAGAUGGAGGAACUGGAGGGGUUUCUAAGGAAAGACUGGGAUGAUGAUGAUGAUGAUGAUGAUGAUGAUGAUGAUGAUGAUGAUGAUGAUGAUGAUGAUUCAUCUCUGGAUGUUGUCCUGAGUAGAACCAUGUCUAAAUCCCUCCUCAGUCCAAGUGGCCACCUGGAUCUGUUUGUUCGCUUCCUUCAUGGCCUCUGUCUGGAGUCUAACCAGAGAAUCUUAGAAGGUUUGCUGGGUCACAGAGAGAACAGUCCAGGAACCAUCCAGAGAAUCAUCAACAACCUGAAGGAGAUGAACAGUGAUGAAAUCUCUCCAGACAGAAGCAUCAACAUCUUCCACUGUCUGAUGGAGAUGAACGACCACUCAGUCCAUCAGCAGAUCCAAGAGUUCCUGAAGUCAGAGAACAGAUCAGAGAAGGAACUCUCCUUGAUCCAGUGCUCAGCUCUGGCCUACAUGCUGCAGAUGUCAGAGGAGGUUCUGGAUGAGUUGGACCUAAACCAGUACAAAACAUCAAAGGAGGGACAAUGGAGACUGAUCCCAGCUGUGAGGAACUGCAGAAAGGCUCAACUUUCUGGCUGUGGACUUACAAAGACUCACUGUGUAGUUGUGGCCUCAGCUCUGAAGUCCAACCCGUCACAUCUGAAACAUCUGGAGCUGAGUAGCAAUGACCUGCAGGACUCAGUGGAGGUUCUGUGUGCUGGACUGAAGAGUCCUCACUGUCGACUGGAGACUCUGAGAUUGAGUGGCUGCAGUUUGUCAGAGAGCAGCCGUGAUUAUCUGGUCUCAGCACUGAAGUCCAACCCAUCACAUCUGACACAUCUGGACCUGAGCUACAACAACCUGCAGGAUUCAGGAGUGAAGCAGCUAUGUAGUUUUCUGGAGAGUCCUCACUGUCGACUGGAGACUCUGAGACUGAGUGUGUGUGACCUGUCAGAGAGAAGCUGUGAAGCUCUGUCCUCAGUUCUCAGCUCUCAGUCCUCUAGUCUGAGAGAACUGGACCUGAGUAACAACAACCUGCAGGAUUCAGGAAUGAAGCUACUGUCUGCUGGACUGAAGAGUCCUCACUGUCGACUGGAGACUCUCAGGCUGUCAGGCUGUCUGCUCUCGGAGGAAGCUUGUGUCUCUCUGGCCUCAGCUCUGAGCUCCAACCCCUCCCAUCUGAGAGAGCUGGACCUGAGCUACAAUCAUCCAGGAGACUCAGGAGUGGAGCUGCUGUCUGCUGGAGUCAAGGAUCCACACUGGAGACUGGACACACUCAGGGUGGAGCCUGGUGGAGUCCGAUGGUUGACACCAGGUCUGAGCAAGUAUUUCUGUCAACUCACCAUCGACACAAACACAGUGAACGGGAAACUACAACUGUCUGACAACAACAGGAAGGUGACACUAGUGGAGGAGAAUCAGUCAUAUCCUGAUCAUCCAGACAGAUUUGACUGGUAUCAGCUGCUGUGUAGUAAUGGUCUGACUGGUCGCUGUUACUGGGAGGUUGAGUGGAGAGGAAUGGUUUAUAUAUCAGUGAGUUACAGAGGAAUUGGAAGGAAAGGAGACAGUGAUUACUGUGUGUUUGGAGGCAACGAUCAGUCCUGGAGUCUGAUCUGCUCUGAUUGUGGUCGUUACUCUGUCAGUCACAAUAACAUAGUAACAUUCAUCUCCUCUUCUGUGUCUCACAGAGUAUCAGUGUAUGUGGACUGUCCUGCUGGUUCUCUGUCCAUCUACAGAGUCUCCUCUGACAAACUGAUCCACCUUCACACCUUCAACACCACAUUCACUGAACCUCUUUAUCCUGGGUUUGGGUUCUGGUCCUAUUCUGGUUCCUCAGUGUCUCUGUGUGAUGUGUCGUAGUGAGAGUUUGAUCCUGUCACAGAAACGUUGUCACUGUUGAACAUAGUUCAGUCUGUUCACGUCUGUCUUGUUUUCAGAUUCAUGUAUUAAACCAGUUUCUUUCUGAACCAGUUCUCAAUGAUUCCUUGUGAACUUCUUCCUCUUCUGUCCUUUAAAGGUGGAAGUGUCACCGGACAGACUUUUGAUUCUAUUUUCUUUGUGGCUUUGUGAGUUUUUUAGUGUUUUAACUGCAUGUUGUGUUGUAUGAAGUGAUCCUUUUAACAGUGCAUGUUUUCUUCUUGCAUGUGUUUUAAGCAUGGAGCUUGGACUGUUAUUGUCACACACUCCCCUUGAGUAGACACAGGUGCGCGUAAUUAAGGAUUGACUGCCCCGGAAAAAAAAGGGCGGAGACAGAAGAGCACACAAGCUGGGCCGGAGAGACGGCACUCGAGCGGAAGAGGCACAAGAGUCAGGACGAUUCGCCGCGGAGACCAGCAGCUGCGCGUGGAGGAGGCGCGUGCAGGACUGGAAUCGAAGAGGCCACGUGCGUCGACGAGUCAAGGAAGGUGCGACAGCGUUCCAGCGGCCGCUGAGCGCAGGCAGCUCUGCACGGUAGAGAUGGCGAAAUCGAAGCCUCAUUAAUCACUGAGCAACUAUGAUACAGUUGGGCUGAAAUCGACACAUUGCUCGACACCAUCACGACACAGUUACAACAGCGACAUCUGCUGGUUGUGCGUGAGAACUGCUUGAGCAGACUGACCAUCAAACCCUCGCUGAUACGUGGUUGUUCAGGAUCACAGUCUAUGUUUUAUUGUCAAAUAAAACUUAUUUAAUCAAA